UAUUGAUACAUUAAGUUUGAAAAAUUCUUACAAAAAUACAAACAUACACACACACACAAAUACAUAUGGGCGCUGCAGAGGAGAAGCGUGAAGCCGGUGUAAACUUGAUUGCAGUUGAGUCGAGUGAUUCGUUUAAGAAACUCUUGGCAACGGAAAUCAAACUAAAUCUAAAUGAGUUGAUAAGCAAGCUGAGAGCAUUUCGCACUAGCAAAUUGCAGCGUCUGCCGCUGAACGAGCCGGAUCUGCUUAAUCUCUGCAACCUGGCGCGGGAGACAUUUCUGGAGCAGCCCAUGCUGCUGGAGAUAAGUGCACCAUUGCGCGUUGUGGGCGACAUACACGGACAGUUCUCGGAUCUGUUGAAAAUCAUGGAGCACAUAGGCUUUCCACCGAUUGCAAACUAUUUGUUUCUCGGCGAUUAUGUCGAUCGGGGCAAGAAUUCCGUGGAGACGAUUACGCUGCUGCUGGCGCUCAAAGUCAAGUAUCCCAGGCAUGUGCAUCUGCUGCGCGGCAAUCACGAAUCGCAGGCCAUCAAUCGCGUCUACGGCUUCUUCGACGAGUGCAAGCGACGCUACACGAUCAAACUAUGGAAGACCUUUGUCGAUUGCUACAAUUGCAUGCCUGUGGCUGCGGUGGUUUCGAAUCGCAUCUUUUGUUGUCACGGUGGCUUGAGUUCGCGAUUGAAUCAUAUGAACGAUAUAAAAAGCUUAACGCGACCCACUGAGGUGCCCGAUGAGGGGCUCUUGUGUGAUCUGCUCUGGAGUGAUCCGGAUCGCAUUGGCUUCGGCUUCUCGCCGAGCGAUCGUGGUGUAAGCUUUUUGUUUGGUCGCGAUGUCAUUGAGAAAUUCCUGCAAAAGUUCGACUUUGAUUUGGUCUGUCGUGCUCAUCAGGUGGUCGAGGAUGGCUACGAGUUCUUUGCCAAGCGCCAACUGGUCACGCUCUUCUCGGCGCCCAACUACUGUGGUGUUUAUGACAAUGCCGGCGCUUCCAUGGGCAUCGACAAGGAUCUGGUUAUUACCUUUGAUGUGCUGCGUCCCUCCGAACAUCGCAAGGUGCGCAUGCCCUCGCAUGGCAAGGGCCACAUCUAACUUUGUUUCAAUUGUCAACGGCCGAAUAUAUAAAUAUAGAAAAAGCAUUUGAGCAAUGAAAACGGAAACGAUGCUACGCUUUCAAAUGUAU